AUGAUGCGAUCCCUCCUCUCCCUCUCCCUCCUGCUCGCCCUCUCGACCUCGAUGCAGGUCCAAGCAAAACACCACGGUUUCAGCAGCAGCCACACGACGUACCACUACCCCUCUUCGCCCGGUUCCGGCUACCCGGCCGUGACCCAAUCCAAGGGAGGGAUGGGAUUGGGCGGCAUCUUCGCCGGUUCCCUCGCGGGCGCCGCGGGUGGCACGCUCGGCGUGCUCGCUGUCAAGGAUGGGUAUAAUGCCCUCGUCCACCCGCACCCCUCAGCCGCUGGUGGUGGCGGUGAAAAGAGCGAGGGAGGUGCCGGUGGUGGUGAGAAGAAGGAGGGUGCUGCUACGACCACCAACACCAACGCCAACACCAACAAUGGCGAAGCAGCGACGACAAAGGUCGUCUACGUACCCACGAUGCCCGGACCCGUCGUCUACUACGUCCAACCCGGUAUUGGCAGUGGCGGAGCUGCUGCGCUGCCCCUGGCCUACCCGCAGGCCCAAGUCGCACCGCCAGUUUACAACCCGGCCCCCGUCUACGCUUACGGCCAAGCUCCCGCCGUGCACCCCUACGGCCAGACCUUCCCCGCCUCCCAGGCCCCCGCUCCCAUCAGCGGCAGCGGCGGCGGCGCAGCGGGCUACACCGCGCCCGCGUCCGUGCCCGGUCAAGGCGCGCCGCCCAACAACUUUUACAGGCGCGCCCUCGCUCAGCGUGCCGGUGCUGAUGUUGUCCAUCCUGCCGCCGCUGACGACGACGAGGAGAAGAAGGAGGAGGGCAAGGUAGACGACGAAGUGAAACAGGAGGCGGUCGCGUCGUCGUAG